GAGAGAGAGAGAGAGAGAGAAAGAGAGAGAGAGAGGUGCGCAUCCUGUCGACAACCUGUUAACUCUCGCGCAUCGCUCUUUUGAUAUGCGGCACCGCUGCGCGCUCGCUCUACGUGGACCACCUUAAGAGCGUGACGCCAGGUUGCCAUGGCAACUGCUUUCCGCUUUCGGGCGCGGAGGGAGAAAAAGCGCGAGAUAUUUAAGAGUUUCGGUUCAGGAGCGGCUCAGGCUGGACAGCGACCACGCAGAGGCAGCAGCAGCAACAGCAUCUGUCUCUUAUCUCGUCUCUGCGGAAAUACGCUCGACCCGAGGCCGACAAUACAACACUGAUCAUCCUUAUAACUGCUGGAUCCUACGGGCCGGAAAUCAACUCACACACACGCGCGCGAGUUGAAGGUUCCAUUCUUCAUACUCUUUUAACUCAGUCCUGCAGAAUAUAAUGGAACUGAACGAUGAUCGGCGGUUCCAUAAUCUAACACAGGAGCAAGUGGAGACUCUAGAUCAGGUUCUUACAGAAGUCAUUCCCAUUCAUGGCAGGGGCAACUUUCCUACCUUGAAGAUUAAGCCCAAGGACAUCAUUCAUGUCGUCAGAGACAGACUUGUUUCUAAAAAUAUCAAGGUGAGGGAUGUUCGUCUCAAUGGCUCCACAGCAAGUCAUGUCUUAGUCAAAGAAAAUGGCACUAGUUAUAAGGACCUAGACAUUAUCUUUGGUGUGGAGCUUCCUAAACAGGAAGACUUUCAGAUCAUAAAAGAAGUUGUUCUUGGGUGCCUCCUGGACUUUUUGCCACAAGGAGUUAACAAGGACAAAAUCACAGCUCUCACGAUGAAGGAGGCUUAUGUACAGAAAAUGGUCAAAGUCUUUACUGAGUAUGACCGAUGGAGCCUCAUUUCACUUUCCAACAACAGUGGUAAAAAUGUGGAACUCAAGUUUGUCAGCUCUCUGCGACGGCAGUUUGAAUUCAGCGUAGAUUCCUUUCAGAUAAUCUUGGAUACAAUGCUGGAGUCCUACCUUGAGGCUGAGAGAAGAGAGGCUGCACAACUUAAAAUGAAAGAACAGGAGGCUUCCAUGAUUCAUAGUACUGACUCACAGUCAGGUAUAAUGGAUGAGCAAAUCACCUCUGCUGGUACAGAGAGCUGCAAUGAAACAGAUAUUAACAUAUCAGGUGAAACUAAGGACCUGAACAGUUUGCAUGAUGUAUGUCACAAUGAUGAAGUUAUGAUGGAAGACCAAAACAAGUCUUCCAUGAAAGAAACAACUGUUGAAACAAUCCAGAAGAACAAAAAUGAGGAGUUGAGUCAAUCUAUAACAAUGACUGAAGCUAUGGAAGAUGUGUCAGACCUGUCUGAAACAGGAUCAGUGCACAUGAAAGAGAUAGAUGAGCUUAAUCAAAAUUGGUUUGUGCAAAAAAAUGAAAUGCUACAGACACAUUCAAGCAUAAACAUUAACUCACAGCAAGAAAGUGAACAGGUAAUCAUACAGAAAAAUGAAAACAUACAUCAUGACAUGCAACUGUCAAAUACUAAAGCAUGUGUCCAUACAGAGGUAAAUAAAGAGAGUGAAAACAUAUUAGUUACAUAUUCAGACAGUGUUAAGUCUGUUUCUAAAAAGGAGCAUACAGAUACAAUCGACACAACAAAGGAGGAAAUGCAGACUACAGAAAAAAACAUUGAAACCAUGGUCCUCAGUGGACAACCUACAUUCCAGGUUCCUCCUCUCACUCUUCUUACACAAAACACACCAGUUGACUCAAAUAAUGAGUACUCUUUACCACCACCUGCCAAGAAAACUAGUCGAAGUUCACAAAUGGUUGUUCUAAAGUAUUCCUCACCAAAACCCCCAAGGAAAAUGUCUAGGAAGGUCCCAUGUGUACCACAGUUGGCAAGCAAACUUGUCUUAAAGGACUCAACAGUUAAAUCUUCUCAGCCUGUCAAGGAUACACGCAGUGUAAGUGACCCAAAAGAAACAACACAUAUGCAAGUAGAAUUGGCAGAGCAUACCACUGACUGCUUGGAAUCCAUAUCCAGUUCUUUACAUGAUAAAGACUCUUUACUUAGAAUAUUAGAUAUAUCCACAACUGCCUUUAAUGUUUCAGCACAGGAGAAUGGUUCACAAUCAGAGGAGAUGCUUUCCAUACCUUCGUCCCCAGAAAAAAAAAUUCAAACACAUAUAGAGACUUCAGAACCAGAGACUGGUGAAACUACUAAUCAUUCUGUUUUGAGCUUGAAACUAUUUACUGGCCAAAAGACCCCAACUACAACCAUUCAAACUUUCCCUGAGACUCAGACAGAAACAUGCUCUCAGUCAGUGAGACCAACUAUCCAGAUCAAUUUUCAGCCUGUAGUAGAGGUAGAAGAUAGUUUUUCAAAGUCUUCACACAAAGAGAAUAUUGAGCUUGCAACACAAACUUCUGAGUGCAGUAAAGAAUAUCCAGAGUUCCAAGAAACUGUUACUUAUACAGUAGAUGCUUCCUCGAAGUUAGGGACAACUCUUCCUACAAAUCUUGCUAUCACAGAGGUGGUAGAAAACACUGACCAGGGCUUUGGGGUUCCAAUUAUUUCAUCAUCAGUUCCUGAACUCUCAAAAUUAAAUUCACUUCCUCAGGAACUUAAUGUACCUGUCACACAGACUCUAGAGUCUUCAAUUUUAACAUCACACCUUCUAGAACCACCUAUAUUAAUACCCCAACAGGCUGAAAAUUUCUCUAUUUUAGAAAAAGACUUUACCGAAUCCCCUAAUAUAUCAUCAUGUCUUCUAGAGCCUCCAAUGCCAGUUUCUAAAAAUGAAGUGUAUUCUGUCUGGCCAUCAAAUGUUUUGGAAUCUUCCACAUGUUCUUCAGAGGAAUCAAAGUCUUCUGCAACAUUGAUUAAAACUCCAGAGCCACCAAAAGUAUUAUCACAGAUUGUGGAACCUUCUGUUGAAUCACCACAGUAUGUACAUCCUUCCAUAUCAGAGACUGGGGAUCUAGAACCUUAUAUUCAACUAAAGUUAGUCACCCCUGUAGAGACUUCAGAGAACUCAAAUCUUCCUGAGCUCACAGCCACUACAUCACCCCUGCCUUUUUCCAGAGAAAUUCCUUCUGUCACAGUAGUGGCAGAGAGCAUGUAUGGAGAUUUUGAGCAAGCCAUGGACCAUCUGCGUUACAGGUUAAUAGCAACCCGCAAUCCAGAGGAGAUCAGGGGUGGUGGCUUGCUCAAGUACAGCAACCUACUGGUUAGAGAUUUCAAACCUGCCAGUGAGACUGAAAUCAAAACUCUAGAGCGUUAUAUGUGUUCACGGUUCUUUAUUGACUUUCCUGAUGUAAAUGAGCAACAAAGGAAGAUUGAGUCCUAUCUACGAAACCACUUCAUUGGAGAAGAGAAAAGCAAGUACGAUUACUUAAUGACUCUACGCCGGGUGGUCAAUGAGAGCACUGUGUGCCUGAUGGGCCAUGAGCGACGACAAACACUCAAUAUGAUUACCAUUUUGGCUCUCAAAGUCCUGGGAGAGCAGAACAUCAUACCCAACACCAACAAUGUCACUUGCUACUAUCAGCCUGCUCCAUAUAUGGCUGACCACAACUUCAGCAACUACUACAUUUCAAAUGGGCAGUCCCCAAUUAUUUAUCACCCCUAUCCUCUACAUAUACACAUGCAAACUGGUUUGGUUUAGCAGAGGGCAUGAUGUAUGCAUGGUGAUGCUGCUACUGGGCAGAAAUAUAACUUACAUGCAACCUACACACAAAUAUAAUUCUCAGCAUAAGAGAAAGCCCUAGUAACUGAAAUAAAACCCUGUUUUAAGUGCUUUUAAUUUAUAACAAUUAUUCUGAUAAUAAAUCAGGAAGCCACAGUGGUUUGGGUUACCAUUUGGCUUACAGUGCAAUUCUACAUAGACACAUCUGUUCCUAGAUUCAAAAGCAUACUUUACUAGGAUCAAUGCACUAGAUUAAAUAAAAACAUUAGUGAUAAAGGUAAUAAAACAAAGCCUCCGAAUACCAGGAAUAAAUGUAUCUGACACAUUGAAAGGUGGGUUUUAGAAACACAGGGCUUAGUGAGGGUGACACAUAGCGGGAAGGACUUAAAGUUAAAUAAAAAUGAAUGCUAAUUACCUGAUGUGUUUUUUCCUUGGUGGAGUGUAAAGCCUACACAAAUGGGAAAUACAGGCUUAAUUCACUAAGCUGGCAAAUGUAUGGAAUAUUAUAUCAUUUAGCAUUUGUUAGGGUUAAACACAAAAACAAAACAAAACAAAAAAACAAGAGUUAAGAUGCACUAAAUUAGUCAUUUUUAACCAUUCACACUGAUAGAUGUAGUUAUUUGAAUUCAAUAGCCAAUUAGAAUAUAAGUUUAGUUUGGCAUUCUUGAGAAAAAUGCAUAAAACUACAGUACAAAUGAUUUUCCAUUAAUAAAAUUUAUAUUACAUAAACUAUAUAUGGUUUUGGAGGGGUAAGGCUUUAAUUUUCCGAUCUUGCAGUGAUUUUACAGAGAUUCUAAACAUAUUUAUGAUGUGUUCAGGGAUUCGUGAUGGGUGUAUUCAAUUUAUUCCUACUGUAUGUUUUUGGAACAACUCUAAGUAGUCUAUGACACAUGGCUCAGUUCCACGCUGAAUCUUACCAGCUGCAUGAUUGACUGCAGAUGUAAACCAGUGUGCAAUUUAGUGUGAAAGUUAAAUGUUUAGUAUCUCUUCAGCCUUUUAUUGUGAUUGGCUGUAAAUGUUUUGUUUGUGUGUCCAGAAUGUAAAUUAUGUUUUUGGAUUGAUGUCAAAAACUGUGUAGAGGACAUUGAAAUGUUGUCACUGAAAAUGUUACUGCCAGAUGUCACCAUACGAGUUGUACUGGAAUCCAAUGAUUUAGUGAUGAAGAGAGAGAAGUGUUUUAUUGAUGCAUGUAUGUGUCUUUUGAGCAUCUGUGAUGCACAAAGUCAACUUUAUGGACUGGAGUUUAAUAACCAUAUGAUGCAUAUUCAGCCUCAAAGGAAGCAGCGGUCUCAAGCAGCCGAAUGCAUGUGUGAAAAUAUCUACUUAUCAGGAAUUUUUUUACAUGUUAGUAAGAAAAACAUCUAUUUUUCCAAGAAAAAAAAUAGUAUAACAGCAUAUAGAGUACAAAGAGUCUAUGCCAACUGCAUAAACACUUAAAUACAAGUAACAGCUAUAUAUAUAUAGAUUAUAUGCAAAAUAAAAGUUGUUGACGUAGAUAUUUUAAAGGAUUAUAUAAACUUGUCACUGUUCACAACUUGUGGAUUUCCCUUUUUAUGUGAGGUCCUAGAUUUAAAUUUGUGAAGUAAUAUAACUUACUGUAUGUUGACUUGAUGUCCCUAAUACUGUCUUGCCCUGGUGUUUUUGUCCACUUUCAAAAUUUGGCCUUACUGCCAAAAUCUUUAGUAACACUGUGCUUAGAUAUAGGUUCAAAUUCAUUUUAACUGUUUACCCAAACAAGACUUGUAACCAUAGGAAACCUAAAGAGCAGUUUAUGUUACCAAAGAUGGGUUUUGUAGGAAAACUUAAGUGCCUAAAAGAAGGUCAUUGGUAUAUAACCUAAGAAAAAAAAAGAACUAAAACAAAAGAAAGGCAGAAAAUAGACAGACCAAUGUAAGGAAAAGGUCAAGAGAGAUAGGAGAAUGGUUCUCCAGGAUGCAAAUGAAGCUGCAUCCCUUCAUUAUUUCGGGUGUGUUUUUUCUUCUUGCCCUUCUCUAGUGCUGAAUGUAUUGAUGUCAGUUCUGUAGUUCUUUAUUAUGGUUGGUUAAUGUACCUUUAAUAAAU